AUGAGGAAGGUAGACUGGCAUGUUAUCCCAUGGCUAGCGCUUCUCUACCUCCUCAACUUCUUGGACAGAGGGAACGUUGGCAACGCGAAGCUGUACGGCCUGGAGAAGGACCUGGGCAUCACUGAUAGGCAAUACCUUAUAGCCCUGACGGUCUUCUUUUUCCCUUAUGCGCUCUUGGAGCCCGCCACAAAUGUGCUCUUACGUAGGCUCAAGCCUUCUUACUUUCUGUCGUUCAUGAUCGUCUCAUGGGGCAUCGUCAUGACGCUCCAUGGAAUCAUACACGACUACGGAGGUCUAGUCACAUGUCGUGUCCUACUUGGACUCUUCGAGUCUGGCAUGUAUCCAGGCAUUGUCUUCUACAUAUCUAGCUGGUACAAACGCACCGAAUUGGGAUCUCGCGUAGCCGUCUUCUUCACGUCGGCGACUGUUGCAGGCGCUUUCAGUGGUUUGCUAGCGUCCGGAAUUCAGAACAUGCACGGCAUCGGUGGCAAGCCAGGCUGGGCAUGGAUCUUCAUCCUCGAGGGUCUCUUCACUGUCAUCGUCGGUGUGCUUUCGCUAUGGGUGAUCCAGGAUUUCCCGGAGACAGCGAAGUUUCUGAACGAGGACGAGCGCGCCUUCAUCAUACGCAGGCUGCAGAGCGACCAGAAGAUUUCUGCGUCAGGCGAGAAGUUCGACGCGAAAUAUAUUUGGCAAAGCCUCAAGGACUGGAAGACAUGGGUGGCUAGUGACGACGGCCCUCUCUUCGCGUUUUCUCUUUUCACCCCGACUAUAAUCAAUCAGCUUGGCUACACGGCGACAAUAGCCAACCUCUUGUCCGUCCCCGUCUACGUGUGGGCGUGUCUGGUCACUUUGGCCAUCGGGUUUCUGGGAGACCGCAUCGGCCACCGCGCGUACAUCAAUUUUGGCUUGUUUGGUACAGCAGGUUUGGUGGGAUAUGUCAUCCUCAUCGCUUCAAGAAAUGCGGCGCUUAGCUACUUUGCCGUCUAUCUUGCUGCAGCAGCAUGGGUAGCAGGCAAUGUCGAAGGCGUCUACAAGCGCGGCGUCACGCUCGCAAUGGCCAUUGGCUUCGGCAACCUCAACGGCGCCGUCACUUCCAAUGUCUACCGCGCAACGGACGCGCCAUGGUACCCCCUCGGCCACGGCAUCGUCCUCGCCUACAUCGCCAUCGGAUUCAUAUCUUCCGCCGUCUUCCUCGUCGGCCUCAAGCGCGCGAACGCUUCCAAAGAGCGAGGCGACCACGACGAGGUCAUCCAUGGCGUCGAGAACAAGCACGCUCACGAAGGAAACGGGACCUACGCGUCAGUCGAGGCAGCCAGGAUGGACAAGGGGGACAGAUGGAGCGGGUUCAAGUAUACAUAUUGA